AUGCCGCCAGUAAUAUCCGCUGCUAAGAAGGCUCCUUCGCUGAAGCUGCUCAUAGCGAGGUUGAACGAUGUCCAGGCUUCUUUCAACGACAUCUGGCGUUUCGUGGAAUACUACGAAGAAACUGCAACUGUUACAGAUGUUGACAUUCGGUUAGAGAAGGUAGAUGAGCUAUGGGGGAAGUUUUGUGAUACAUUGGUAGAGAUUAGGGCACAUGAAGAUUAUCUCGCGGAUGAGGAAUCGUACGAUAAGGACCGACAGGAAUUUAGUGAUAGGUAUUAUCGAGCCAAAUCAUUCCUCGUAGAUAAAUCUAAGAAGCUGCAGGGUCCAAUGGGGCUGGAACAGUCUGUUCGAAUGAACGAUUCAGUGGUUUAUGGUGUUGAUCGCGUGCGUCUCCCUCAAAUAAGUUUACCUUCAUUCAAUGGGGACAUAGAUGAGUGGCUGAGUUUUCGAGAUCUAUUCACUUCACUCAUCCACCAUAAAACGGAGUUACCAGAGGUGGAGAAGUUCCACUACCUCAAGGGUUGUCUUCAGGGGGAACCGAAAAGCCUGAUAGAUCCGCUGAAAAUUACAAGGGCCAAUUAUCAAAUUGCCUGGGAUAUGUUGUUGAAGCGUUUUGAUAACAGUAAACAGUUGAGGAAACAGGGAUUCGAGAGGGUCGUGAAAAAUUUAGAUCAAGUCAUAGAACCGGAGGACUUUAAGGAUCUACUGCUUGUCCACCUACUUACAGCACGACUUGACCCGGUAACACGCAGAGGCUGGGAGGAAUUCUCUACGUCCAAGGAGCAAGAUACAUUGUCCGACUUAACGGACUUCAUUCGGCGACGUGUUCAAAUGCUUGAAUCUCUUCCCAGCAAAUCCGUUGAUUUUAAGGGACCAAACCCACUCCAACAGUUUUCGAAACCGAGAACAGCGUUUACGAAAACCAAUUAUAGCAGCAUGCAGAGUUUCGAAGGGCGUUGUGUGGCCUGUAAGGGCGAGCAUCUAUUGUACCAAUGUCAAGUGUUUCAUCGGCUAGAGGUAGCGGAAAGAGACGCACUUUUAAGGACCCAUUCGCUUUGCCGCAAUUGUUUUCGGGUAGGACAUCAGGCGAAGGAUUGUAAAUGCAAGUUUUCCUGUCGAAAAUGCCAGGGUCGACACCAUACAUUGGUAUGCUUCAAGACAGAAAGGGAAGGCUUCAUGAAGGGUACGGUGGUUGCAAAGGGCAAGGAAUCUGGAUCAAAGGCAUCAACUUCAACCCAAACAGCAAAUGUGUCAACCAAAACCGUUUGCACAACGCAGCAGUUCUCUUCUCAGGUGUUACUGGCUACUGCUGUUGUCUUGAUGGUGGAUGAUAGUGGUCAGGUGUUCCCCGCUCGUGCUUUAUUGGAUUCAGGUUCCGAGAGUAAUUUUAUAUCAGAACGGCUGAGUCAGCGGAUGUGUGUCAGCCGAGAAAGAGUGGAUAUAUCGGUUCUAGGAAUAGGUGAAGCAGCUACAGAAGUCAAAUACCGAAUUCGGGCGAUGGUACGGUCGCGAGUGUCCGAAUACUCGAGGGACAUGGAUUUUUUAAUUCUGUCGAAGGUCACAGUGAAUCUUCCGACUUUAACGGUUAAUACGGAAGGGUGGUCGAUUCCAAACGGUGUUGAGCUGGCUGAUCCUGCAUUCUUCCAAUCGAAAGGAGUGGACGUUGUCUUGGGCAUCGAAGCAUUCUUCGAGUUUUUCGGAACUGGUAGAAAAAUUACGUUAGGUGAGAGACUACCAGCGUUGAAUGAAUCAGUCUUCGGCUGGGUAGUGUGUGGAGGUUUGUUAGUACCGAGUCAAUCAAUUCAAGUCAACUGCAACAUAUCUGCAUCAGGAAACUUGGAGUCAUUGGUCGCAAGAUUCUGGGAAUAUGAAGAGAUUGGAGUAUUAAACUAUUAUUCGCCGGAAGAAACUCGCUGUGCAGAACAUUUUGAACGAACGGUACAGCGUGGAAUAGAUGGCCGAUUCACGGUGACAUUGCCCAAGUAUGAGGGUGUCCUUCGUAGAUUAGGAAAAUCGAAAGAAAUCGCACUAAGACGUUUGCAGGGAACCGAACGAAGACUGUUGCGUGAUACUCUACUACGUGAUCAGUAUUUGGCGUUCAUGCAGGAGUACCUUCAGCUCGGUCACAUGAGAAGGGUUGAUAAGGUUUCUGAUGAGGUUCAACGAUGUUAUCUACCUCAUCACCCGGUAGUCAAGGAGACUAGCACUACCACAAAACUACGUGUUAUCUUUGAUGCAUCUUGUAAAACUUCGACAGGAGUAUCAUUAAAUGACGGAUUGCUGGUGGGGCCAGUGAUUCAGGAAGAUCUACGAUCAAUAAUUCUUCGGUGUCGCACGAAGCAGAUCAUGCUCGUUGCCGAUGUAGAGAAGAUGUUCAGGCAAAUAAACAUCUGUCAAAGGGAUAAACCACUGCAAUCGAUUCUCUGGCGAUCUUCUCCCGACGACGAGCCAGAGACCUACGAGCUGGGCACGGUCACGUACGGCACUAAACCUGCACCAUUUCUUGCUACUCGUACACUUAAGCAGCUUGCCAUGGAAGAAGUCAGUCGUUUUCCUCUGGCAGCCAAGGCAGUUUGUGAGGAUACCUACAUGGACGAUAUCAUUACCGGAGCGGAUGCAGCGGAUUUGGCUAUCGAGUUGAGGAUGCAGCUCGAUAAAAUGAUGAGUGCUGGUGGGUUUCACCUCCGGAAGUGGGCGUCGAGUUCUCAAUUAGUUUUAGAAGGAAUCAAAGAGGAAAAUUUAGCGAUUCGAGACUUGGAGGGUAUUAAUUUGGACCCAGAUCCGUCAGUGAAGACACUGGGCCUGACUUGGCUGCCGAAAACAGACACUUUAAAGUUUCAAUUCAAUAUUCCGUUACCGAUUACAACCACAGCACUAUCUAAGCGACAAAUCCUUUCGGUAAUAGCUACGCUGUUCGACCCUUUGGGACUUCUGGGAGUUACUAUUACAAGAGCCAAGAUCUUUAUGCAAAUGUUGUGGACGUUGAAAGAUGAAAAGGAUGAAAGGAUGAAUUGGGAUACCCCGGUACCUUCGACGGUGGGUGAGAUCUGGCGCAGUUAUCACCGACAGCUUUCACUACUAAAUGAAAUCCGGAUUGAACGCUGUGUUAUAAUACCAGAUCCAAUUCUGGUCGAGAUACAUUGCUUCUCUGAUGCGUCUGAGAAAGCAUAUGGAGCAUGUGUAUACACCAAGAGCAUGGAUUCGAGUGGAAAAGACGUCAUCGGCAAUACAAUUUGGUGGCAAGGUCCAGCAUGGUUAGAGAAGGGUCCCGAUUAUUGGCCGACAUUCCCGGAAAAUUUAGUAGCUGACGAAGGUGAUGAGGAAAGGCGCCGAGUCAUAUCAACCAACGUGGCUUCAGAAAAGGUGGACUCAAAUGAUUGGUAUUUCGCGAAGUUUGGAGCUUUCGUCGAUUUGAUACGACGUACAGCUUAUUGGCUACGAUUGAUAAAAUUGCUUCGCGAACCCAAAAACACUCGUAAGGACACUACAUUCCUAUCCACAAGCGAGCUGAAAGAGGCAGAAAGAUUGCUGAUUUCGAAGGUUCAACAAGAAUGUUUUUAUCCGGAAUGGAGAACCCUCUCUAAAGGUGAAACGAUUCCACGCAAAUCUCCGCUGCGCUGGUAUAACCCAUAUAUAUCUACGGAUGGAUUGAUAAGAGUUGGAGGACGAUUAAAGCAUUCUAAAGAAUCCGAAGAUAAGAAGCAUCCAAUUGUUUUGCCCGCUAGGCACCAUUUUACGAGAUUGAUUAUAAGACACUAUCAUGAGAAGUUGCUUCACGCAGGACCUCAACUGCUACUAGGAGCAAUAAGACUCCGAUAUUGGUCAUUAGGUGGAAGGAAUCUCGCUCGCUACACUGUGCAUCACUGCCAAAAGUGUUAUCGAUCAAAACCGUCUGCAAUCCAGCAGUUCAUGGGAGAGCUGCCAUCGGCACGGGUCACCGUAUCUCGUCCGUUCUCACGAACGGGCGUUGACUACUUCGGACCACUUUAUCUAAGAUUAGCCCCGCGACGACCAGCAGUGAAGGCCUAUGUAGCGAUCUUCGUUUGUAUGUGUACCAAGGCAGUACACUUAGAGCUGGUGAGUGAUUUAUCUACCGACCGGGUUCUGCAAGCGCUGCGGAGAUUUAUCUCAAGGAGAGGGAUGUGUACGGAUAUUUACUCCGACAAUGGCACCAACUUCAUCGGAGCUCGCAAUAAACUUCGGGAAGUAUUGAAAUUGCUGAGAGAUAGCAGCCACCGAAAUCAAGUGUACAAGGAGUGUUCCAAUCAAGGGAUUCAAUGGCACUUUAAUCCACCUAGCGCGCCACACUUCGGAGGCUUGUGGGAGGCAGCCGUACGAUCAGCAAAAAACCAUUUAUUGAAGGUUCUUGGUGAGAGUGUGGCGACUCCCGAGGAUAUGAGCACAUUGCUCGUUCAAGUGGAAGGAUGCCUUAAUUCAAGACCGUUAACACAAAUGUCUGAGGACCCGAAUGACUUGGAACCGUUGACACCGGCCCAUUUCCUCAUAGGAACUUCUUUACAGGCGAUUCCGGAAGAAAAUGUGGAAACAAUGCCCACUAAUCGUUUGAAUUAUUGGCAGUUAAUCCAGAAACGGUUACAAGACUUCUGGAAGAGAUGGCGUAGAGAUUAUUUGGCCCAGCUGCAAGGAAGGAUGAAGCUAUGGAAACCACCUGUUGACAUCGUAGUUGGUAGGUUGGUAAUCAUUCAAGACGACAAUCAGCCCCCUAUGCGGUGGAAAAUGGGAAGAAUUAUGGAGGUACAUCCUGGGGAUGAUGGAAUUGUGCGGGUGGUGACACUUAAAACAUCUGCAGGAAUAUUGAAACGACCGGUGGAAAAAUUAUGCGUUUUGCCAAUCGAAGAACCCAGCAAUUAA